GACGUCACCCGCCCGCGCCGGAAGCGCGCGAGGGGCCCGGCCGCCGCCAUGAACAGCGUGGGCGAGGCGUGCACCGAGCUGAAGCGCGAGUACGACCAGUGCUUCAACCGCUGGUUCGCCGAGAAGUUCCUCAAGGGCGAGAGCGGCGGCGACCCCUGCGGGCAGCUCUUCAAGCGCUACCAGCUCUGCGUGCAGAAAGCGAUUAAGGAGAAAGACAUCCCCAUUGAAGGCCUGGAGUUCAUGGGCGCAAGCAAAGGGAAAACUGAAGACUCCUCUUGACCUCCCUGUGUGGAUGGAGUCACUAAGGUGCACCUUUGGACUAAGCAGCAUCGUCAGGCGCACAGCUACAUCCCACCUGGAUGAGGCCUUUUUUAAGCUGCUUUCUGGAAAGCGAGGAAUCUUCUCUGCUUGUAAAAACAAACAGCCACACACACACAAAAACGACUGGGUGAUGUGGUAACUAUGCCUGCUUUUUGGUGAAUUUUGGUGGUGGUUCAGCAUCUAACAGCGCAAAAAGCACUUUGAACUAAGUUCCUGCUGAAUAUACUCUGUCAUGGGAUAAUGCUUGUUAGCGUAGGCUGAGAUAAUAGUUGCUCUGUGACUGAUUUCUCUUGCUUAUUUAUAUAACACUUGAAAGUGUUUAAAAAGGGUAUGAAGGAGGUUGAUUUAGUUUCACUCCUCUCUAUGCUGCUGAAUUUGGUGGAAGAAAUGUAUUUUAUAUGACCCUGGAUGCUAUGGGGCUAAAGCAUUGUUCUGUAUCAGCAAGAGGGAUGGUAUAAAACCACUCCACUGGACCUGCAAUAACUUAGCUAAAAUAAAUGUAACCGGAUUAUAUUUGUUCAAGUAGGCAACUGUGCAGUAGAAGCCAACUGUGACCUCUGGGAGGGAUGGAGGUGGCCUGUGACAGGAGCUGCAGGGAGGACCCUUUGAAUUCAGAGGCAUUUCCGAGGUACUGAAACAAACCCGAACUUGAAUUCUCUUCUCUAGUGUUACACAUUCCUGCAGUGAAACUGCAGCGCAGCUGUCCUGGUCCACAGGCUGGCCACAAUCACUGUUAGACUUGUAUUUGAGAUGGUUAAAGCGUGCGUUGAAUGAGGGGAGCCCUGGCUUGAGAACGCUAAAAGCGCCAGCUUUCGCCUGGGAAUCUCUCCUGCCUGCAGAGCUGCUCCCGUUAUCCGCACGGGCUCAGGAACUGCAGAAACACUUGCAGCAGCUAGAAAAGGGUGUUUGGAAGAGAAGCAAGGGCUCAGGAUCCAUCCUGUGCAGUGGCCCUGUGAGCACUGUGGCAGGGGAAAUUUCCAUUGAUCCUCAUACCAGGAUGGGGAAAAGCUGUCCCCUUUCAUCACUCCAACACAGGUGUGGUGGUAUGGUCUGGUGCAGAAAGAGAAGUCUGCUUCCUAAUUCUCCUAGAACUACAGCUGAUCUUCAAUCCCUCUGCUUUUAAGCACUACCUGAAGGAUUGUUCAGAGGCUUUCCUUUUCAAAAAGGCGCAGUUUUCAAUCACAGCGGUGGCUGGUCUGUACAUAGGUGAUGGCCCUAGUGCCGGCAUGGGCAGCAGACCUGGAACUGCCAGGCCGGGGCCACUGUUCCCCUGAACACAGUCAGCUGGAGCGCAGCCGUGCCUGUUCCCAGGUGCAGGAGACAGCAAAUGCCCCGUACAGCUGUUAAACACUGCACAGGAAACCAAACUGCUGACAUUGAAACUGCCAAACCACUUGGCUAUACAUAAGAAUAGCGAGUGUAGGGAAAGGUCUUUCUACGAACACAGCAAAUAUUAUUUUGGGAACCAUCAAGUAUGUGGCUUUUUUUUUUUUUUCAUUAAGCAAUAACAUGCAACCCAUGUGCUUUUCUAUGAUCUUUGUGUAGAAAUAACUGCAGUAGGAUUUUGUCAGCUUUAAAACAACUGUGUCCAUCAGUGCCUUGUUCUGUGCUCUAACACGGAAACACUUGUCUUAACAAAAUGACAGCUAUUGAGUUGAUAAAAUAAAUUGCAUUGAAACAUGGGGAGGCCCCACUUUGACAGUCUCGGCUGCCAUCCAUCAGCCCUUUCAGCAGCUGCAUUCUUCCUUUUGGGAAAACCGGUAUUAAUGCCAGCCAAGGCUCAACAUGAAGA